AGAGGAGGAGGAGAGAGGAGGAGGAGAGAGGAGGAGCAGAGAGGAGGAGAGAGGAGGAGGAGAGAGGAAGAGAGAGGAAGAGAGAGGAGCAUGUGUUACUGUCUGUCCUCGACACAGUGAAGGUGUAACUGCCACCGGCUCAUCACCUCUGACCUCUGCACCUGGAGAGUCCUGUUAGAAACACACACACACACACACACACACACACACACACACACACACACACACACACACACGAGGCAGGAGGUGAGAGCUGCACUGUUCACAGAUGAUGAGUUCAAAAAGCAGAAACAACGUGCAGAAGUUCAGCUGGAACAAAAAACCACAACAUUACAGAACAGAACAAGUCCAGAGACUGUAAAUAUGAUAUAUGAACAUUUUCAUAUUUGUCUAAUUGAUUGAAUGACACAAGCACAAGCCAGCCGGACGCUGACGACACAUCUCUGACGUGAAACUGGACGAUUCUACAAAAAGCACAUGAACUUGAACAAAACGAUGGAAACAGAAACAAACACGUGGGUUUUAACUUUCAGCUCCACUUUUAAAUCCACUCUGGAAUCUAACACUUGAGUCGUGAACGAGAAGGAGACGAGGAGACGAGCUGAGGGGAGAGGAAAGUGUGAUACACCACAACCCCCGAAUGAGGGUGGGGCUGCACACACAAAGACCCUGACGGAGCGAGAGUCCCGCUGCGAGAGCCGGUCCUCUGGACCCGCUCGGUCCGGCACCGGCUCACAAGAUGGGCUGCAACAUGUGUGUGGUCCAGAAGCCCGAGGACCAGUACAGGGUCAUGUUCCAGGGAAGGGACAGGUCGACAGAACUGCUGAGUCGGGAGAAAACAGGAGAACAUGCGCAGACAGAGGACAAGAGAAGAGAAAGAGAAAUGAAUAACGCUCAUUUUAACAACAUGCUGAACUCUUUCGAUGCUGAUGCUCGAUUCAAGGUGAAUGGGAAGGAGCUGACGCGCCUCUCUGGGGAUCCCACUCUGGACAUACGAGACCCCAUACUGUCCAACAUCCUGCGGCGCGGCGCUCGCCGGCGGGCCGGUCUGGCCGCAGCUCCCGGAGGGUUCGUGCCAGUGACCAUGGGCGUGGCCGACUGUGUGGACAGCUGCACGCAGACAGACAUCAGCUUCCAGCAUAUGUUGACGUUGGGCAGGAGCAGCCAGCAUCCCUGUGGAGCUCCGCCCCCACCCGACCCGCCGCCCUCCCCUCCGCUGCCGCCGCUGCUGGAGCCGGAUCUGCUCGAUGAACUCUUCAUCGAGCCGGUUUACUACGACCCCACGGACUACUUCGACAUCACUCAGCAUGAGGUGGACCGGCAGGACGAGCUGGAAUACGAGGAGGUGGAGCUGUGUAAGUCCCGUCAGCAGGACAAACUGGGCCUGACGGUGUGUUACAGAACCGACGAGGAGGAGGACCUGGGCAUCUACGUGGGAGAGGUGAACCCGAACAGUAUCGCUGCAGUAGAUGGUCGCAUCCGCAAAGGAGACAGAAUAUUACAGAUCAACGGAGUGGACGUCCAGGACCGAGAGGAGGCGGUGUGGAUCCUCACCAGAGAGGACAGCACCAACGUGUCCCUGCUGCUGGCCCGACCCGAGAUGGAGAAUGACAACCAGCUGGACCCAGAUGAGCUGGACGACCUGGAGCCGCUGGACAACGCCGUCCACCUGCCCAGCAGCCACAGAGUGCGGAGCAGCUCCGUCCUCGGGGCUGGAGCAGGCGGUGUCGCGGGUGGAGCUCUGCUCGGUGGUCACUGUCGCUCAAUCAGCAGGGACUCACCUGAUCUGCUCCAGACGGUGCUGAGCAACAGCCAGGAGCUGGACAGUGGUGUGGGCCGUACGGAUGAAAGCACUCGGUACGAGGAGUCGUCCGAACACGACCUGCUGGGAGACGACCACACCAGCGCCUCCAACACAAACGCCACCAACACACCCGGCAGCAUGCGCAAGUUCCUGUCUGGUAGGAGCGACACGCCGCCCCUGUUGCACUCCCAGGACCUGCAGUUCAGCACCGACUCCCUCCUGGGGCUGGACUGUGCUCAUGGUGGAGGGCUGGAGCAGCUGGAGAGGACCUACAUGUCCGAUCCUGUGAGGAUGAUGAUGCCGGGGUUGACUGAGGAGGAGUGCGAGAGGUACAAAGAGCUGCUAGAAAUCAAGUGUUACUACGAGAAGAACGGCAACGCAAUGCUGCUGCUGGGAGGCCAGGACGAAGGGGGUGUCCCGCUGGACGUGAACCGGAACGAGAGCCUGACGCAGCAUGAGAUGGCUCUUCUGGAGGAGGAACUGCGCCACUUGGAGUUCAAGUGUCGCAACAUCCUGAGGGCGCAGAAGAUGCAGCAGCUGAGGGAGCGAUGUCUGAAGGCGUGGCCUCUCGAGGACAAGAACGGAGCAGGAGCAGGAGUUGGAGUCGGUGCUGGACGCUUGGACAUUAGUGCUUCGGUCACUGAGGAAUCCUGUCGCCACGCGUUGUCAGAUAUCAACGAGCUCCCAGAGAGGGAGCGCUCAGACAAGGACAGUACGAGUGCCUACAACACUGGAGGGGAGAGUUGCAGGAGCACUCCUCUGGUCAACGAACAGUACCCAUCACCCUCCACUCAGAGUCUGGAGCGAGGAGAGUCGCUUUGUUCCGCAGGUUUACAGUUUCCAACCUCCACGAGGCAGAGAGAGAGGGGAACCAGGACCGAAAGAGGGGACGGGGUCCAAUCAAACCUGAACCAACCCAACUCUCAAUGUCAGCGAAGAGCAGCGGAGCCUAAGACAUCCAGCCCUGGUGCUAAGGUCAGGUCCCUGUCCCGGGACGGAGGAACCAGGAGGGGCUCAGAUGGCGGAGUGAGACGUAACCCUAAAGCCAACGGGUCAGCAGAGAGGACCGGUGGGCGCAGUGCAGAAAACAGCCCCUACCUGUCCCGUCGCCAAACUGAAUCAAAGCCGCCUCCGCGCUACCUGAGCUGCAUGCAGCUGAGGUCUCCCUCCGCCUGUGAGCAGCUCGGUGGCCUCAGAGAGACCCGAGAGGUCGGCAUGGAGACCGGAGGGGAUGCCAGCCCCAUGAGUUUGGGAAGCACGUGCAAGGGAGUUGCCCAGGUCCCGGGCCCCGUACCGGUACCCCUGUCCCCCUCACUGAUGCCCGCCUCCCCUCGUAUGGAGUGGAAGGUGAAGAUCCGCAGUGAUGGCUCGCGGUACGUGGCCAAGCGGCCCGUGAGGGAUCGCCUCCUGAAGGCUCGCGCCAUGAAGAUCAGGGAAGAGCGCAGCGGCAUGACGACGGACGACGACGCUGUGAGCGAAAUGAAGAUGGGCCGCUACUGGAGCAAAGAGGAGCGCAAGCAGCAGCUGCAGAAGGCCCGCGAGCAGCGGCGGCGCAGGGAGUUCAUGAUGCAGAGUCGCCUCGACUGUCUGAGAGAGCGGGAGAGGGAGCAGGGCGGCGGUGGUCCGCAGGAGGCGACACCCCCGCAGGAGACCAACUCCAUCCUGGAGCUUUGCCACCGCAGGAGCAUGAAGAAGCGCAGUCGCAGAAUCCUGGACAACUGGAUCACUAUUCAGGAGCUGCUGGCUCAUGGGAGCAGGUCUGCCGACGGGAAGAAAGUGUACAACCCGCUGUUAUCUGUCACCACCGUCUGAGACCUUGUGACGUGGCAGAUGGAGAGAGAAGGACGUGACAUGAUGUUUGAACACAAUCUCCCUUCGGCAGCACGGGUCAGUGAUGGGAACUCAAAGGAACGACUUUAGGCCCAAACCUGAACUGUUGAGAUGGGAGAAGACGGUCGUCUCGACGUUAACAAUCCUCUCGCUUUACAUUCGUCUGUUUCAUGGUCCAACGGACCCAAACCACGAUUUUCGCGAUGCUUCGCAUCUCACGUGUGAAAAAGACACGUCGCCAUUCGUGACCGGUCAAGUUACGUGAAGGACAGAUGCUGGGAGAGAUGGCGCCACCUACUGUUUGUGAUCUCUGCAGCAGGCCUCCGUCACGUUGACGAAUGACGGAAGGAAAAUCCACUGAUGUGCCAUGAAGCUGUUUGUGUCAACGCAGGACGUUUGUCUUGUUCAUGUCGUCGAGACAUUCUCUUCGUUCCUGUCGUGUUCGUCUUCAAAAGCUUCUUUUGUUCUGAAAUCAGACACAAUCAUCAGAACGUCUUUUUGAUAUGAAUGAGCGGUGCCUUCCUCCGGCAGGUUCGACUGUACAGCACAAUUUGACAGUUUUUUUUAAAGAAAAGCACAUUGUAUCAUACGAAGCACAGAAAUCAUUUGAUUUUGUUUCACAAGACAAAAUAUCAAAGUCCUGUUUAUCCACUUCAGGUCUUUUCCAGAUCGAUACGUUUUGAUCAGUUUGAUGUUUAAUUUAUUUAAAUGCCGACUGUGAUCGAGGCUGUUUCACAGAAAAUGAUGAUUAUUCUUCGCUUCAAGACAUCUACUGUACAUCUACUGUACUAUUUCAUUCAUGACUUGUUUGAUUUCCAAAUGCGACUUUUUAAUUCUUUGCUCUCAGAAUCGACCACUGGAUCAUAAUCCAACAAGAACAAUGACAGUCUGACGUGUCUGAGUUAUAAACAGCUGAUUAAUUAAUUUGGCUCACCUGCAUGUUUUGAUGUCUUCACCCUCAUGUACUUCAUCAUUCUGUAGUCGUGAAUGUUUCUAUGAUCUGCUCAUAGCAUAGAGAAAAAAACCUGUGGUAUUCUUCUUGUUUGUUGAGUGUUGUGAUGUCGUGUCGGCCAUUUUGCAGUGAAAAGCUUUUCUAAAAUAAAUGCUGUGAUCAUAAAAA